AUGAUAUCUUAUACUAAAUAUCAAUUUAAAAAUAGCGGUUCAGAUUUCUUCUAUUCCUCUGUAGGGCUUUAUCAUAUUCAUAAUUCAAAUUUUAUUCAUCGAGAUUUACAUAGCGGUAAUAUACUUUAUAGUAAACUUUAUAGCAAACAUCCUGCGGUAAUAAGCGAUUUAGGAAUAAGUAAAUCUUCAACUGAAUCAACAGAUAAUGAUAAUAUAUAUGGAAUUAUUCCUUAUAUUGCUCCUGAGAUUUUUUUAGGACAAGAGUAUACUACAGCUGCAGAUAUAUAUAGUUUUGGUAUGAUAAUGUGGGAGUUAUUGACGGGUAGAAAGCCAUUUUGGGAUCAAGAUUAUGAUGCAGAUCUUAUUAUUAAAAUAUGUGAUGAUAUUCGUCACGAAUGCACCUGA